AUGUCGGUGGCGGCGGCGGCGGGCUGAGGGGCGGGCGGGCGGCGUGCCCGGCGCCCUGACCUCCUUCCCCUUCCCCCGCCCCGGCCAUGCGGCUCUCCUGCAAGGUAGCGGCAGCGCUGCUGUGCCUCGGCAGCCUACUGCUGCUCUAUCUGCUGGCGGGCAGCGCCGCCGCCCCCCCGCGCCCGCCGCCCGCGCCCUCCGCGCCCGCCCGACCCGCCGCGCCGCUCGCCCGCCGGCAGCCGCGGCUCAGCCGGAGCCCGCCGCGGAGGAACCCCGCCGGCGGUAAAUUCGCCAACGCCAGGAAGCCUGGAGAACAGAAACAUUCAAAAGAGCCUUCAUCUUUGCAAUGCAUGCAUCUGGCAGUUGUGGCAUGUGGGGACCGGCUGGAAGAGACGCUAAUCAUGCUGAAAUCAGCAGUUCUCUUUAGCAACAGGAGGCUCUGUUUUCACAUUUUUGCUGAGGAUUCCCUUAAGCCUGAAUUUGAGAAGAAGUUAAAGGAAUGGCCCUCCUCAUACACAAAGAAGUUUGAAUACAACAUUUACCCAAUAACCUUCUCAGUAGGAAAUGCUCAGGAAUGGAAAAAGUUAUUCAAACCAUGUGCUGCCCAGCGCCUUUUUCUUCCGGUCAUUUUAAAGGAUGUGGAUUCCCUCCUUUAUGUGGACACCGAUGUUCUCUUCCUGAGGCCCAUUGAUGACAUCUGGCACAUUCUGAAAGAGUUCAACUCAACACAGCUAGCUGCUAUGGCCCCAGAACACGAAAUACCAAAGAUUGGCUGGUAUAGUCGAUUUGCGCGUCACCCUUAUUAUGGGACAACUGGAGUCAAUUCUGGAGUGAUGCUAAUGAAUUUAACACGGAUACGCAACACUCAGUUCAAGAACAGCAUGAUACCAAGUGGUUUGACUUGGGAGGAAAUGUUAUAUCCAUUAUACCAAAAGUACAAAAAUUACAUUACAUGGGGAGACCAGGAUUUGCUAAAUAUAAUUUUUUACUUUAACCCAGAGUGUCUUUAUGUGUUUCCAUGUCAGUGGAACUACCGGCCUGAUCACUGUAUGUACGGAAGCAACUGUAAAGGUGCAGAAGAAGAAGGUGUCUCUAUUCUGCAUGGAAAUAGAGGUGUCUACCAUGACGACAAACAGCCUACAUUCAAGGCACUCUAUGAAGUAAUACGUGAUUUUCCAUUUGAAGACAAUCUCUUCCAGUCUUUGUACUACCCUCUGCAGUCUAAGUUUCUGGAUACAGUGCACACUUUAUGUGGGAGAAUUCCACAAGUAUUUUUGAAGCAAAUUGAGAAAACUAUGAAGAAGGUGUAUGAAAAUCGUGUCAUUGUCUACUUGGGUGCCAACCACAGAUACUAAAUGUAGCUAUAUUUUUACGCAGAGUUUUUAAUUCUUGCAUACCUUCUCAUGAAGCAUAUAAAUGAAGAGUAUGAACUCCUUUAUUGAAACUCAGA